AUGGCUGACAAUAAGAAAGCUAGGUUGCAAGCUCAAGACCCAAAAGAUCCAACAAGAAAACAAUCCAUCACAAUAGUGGAAGAUGCAUUUGAAGAGCAAACUGGGGCUCCGAAGAAGAAAAAGAAGGUCCAACCAAACUCACUGUUUCAAGAAUGUGAGGGUAAUGGGAAUAAUUUAAAGGCUGCUGAAAAGAACCCCCAAAGUGGGAAUGAGACAAUGUUUCAAGCUGAAAAGAACUCGAAAACUGGGAAUAAAAAAAUUGUUGAAGAUGAUACAAUGGAUCAAGAUGAUGCAAGUUCUAAUGAGGAGGGAGAAGAUACAAGUGGGCUGAGCAUAGAAUCAAACAAAAAAAGAAUGAAUAUUGACAUGUAUUUUAAGGUGCAUGGGAUUAAUUUCAAAGAUGAGAAAGAUGAGGACGAUGAGCAAAAUGAGCAAGAUGCUGCAAAUAUUGACGGUAGUGGAGGACAAGCUAGUAAUAAAGGCACUAAAAAGAAAACUCGUGGCAAGACCUUAUGCAAAACACUUCAUGCCACUGAUUUUAAUGAUCGACGGGAGGUGGAGUUUUUACAAGGGCAGCCUAUUGGUCCAACCAAGGAGGUCGUAGAUAACUUAGGCCAAUUUUUGGGUUCAACAGUUAGAAAUCCCCGUUUUGUGACUUUGCUAUACACUAGUUGGCAUGGUGUGCCUGAUAAUAUCAAGAAGGGCAUGUGGGAGUACGCCAACCAAAAGUUCAUUCUUCCAAUAAGUUCAAAGCCAUGGGUUAUGCGGGGAUUUUGUCGUGCAUGGAAAAAAUACAAGGGUGAAAUUAAAAAAGAACAUUUCUUAAAGUACAACACAAAGAAAGAAAUGAUAAAGAACCGACCAUUAGAGAUUCCUGAAUUUCAGUUUCACAAGCUAAUUCGGUAUUGGAGUCUUCCCGCUGUCAAGGCUAUGUCUGUUAAGAAUACUGAAAAUAGGUCAAAGCAAACAUGUCCUCACCGAAUGGGUUCCACAAAUUUUGCAACAGUGCGCAAGCAGCUGGUAACAUAA